AGCGUUAGCCUACAGGAUGUGACUGAACAUUUAGUGAACUCAAAAUCUGGUAAUAAUGCCAGGUAUGGAUGUUGGAUGUAUGGAUAAUGUUAGAAAAAGAGUUUUCUCUGGGGUAUAGUAUGGUCAGCAACAGGAAGUAUCCGAGUGACACCAGACUGACAUCAGCUGACGGUGUGGAUUUCAGAGGACAGACGCAGCCACUCAGGUCAAGAUUUAGAAAUGAGUCUGGACAGAAUCUACAUGGACUACAAUGCCACUACCCCUCUGGAUUCAGAAGUUAUCCAGGCCAUCACUGAAGCUCUUCAAGAAGCCUGGGGAAACCCAAGUAGCACUUAUGUAGCAGGUUCCAAGGCCAAGGCCAUCAUUAAUGAGUCCAGAGAAAAUGUGGCAAGAAUGGUUGGAGGUAAAGCAGAGGACAUUAUUUUCACCUCAGGUGGAACAGAGGCCAAUAACAUGGUGUUCCACACUGCUGUCGAGCACUUCAGGAGAAACUGCAAAGCAGCAGAGCAGGGAACAGGGCAUGGAAAUGGAUGCAGUGGCCUUCCUCACAUUAUCACCUCUAAUGUGGAACAUGACUCAGUCAAACUAGCAGCAGAGCACCUGCAAAGAGAGGGCAAAGCAGAUGUGACAUUUGUGCCUGUGUCUAAGGUAACAGCCCGUGUGGAGGUGGAGGAUAUCGUUGCUGCGCUGCGUCCCAACACUUGUCUCAUUUCCAUCAUGCUUGCCAACAAUGAGACAGGAGUAAUCAUGCCGGUACAAGAGAUCUGCAACAGAGUGAGGUCUCUCAACAAGCAGCGUCAGCAGGUCCGGGUCUUGCUUCACACUGACGCUGCCCAGGCUCUGGGGAAAAUCAGAGUCGACAUUCAUGAACUGGGAGUGGAUUACCUUACCAUUGUGGGACACAAGUUCUAUGCUCCACGGAUUGGUGCGUUGUAUGUGAACAGUCCUGGAAUGAAAACACCUUUGUAUCCAAUGCUGUUUGGAGGAGGACAGGAGAGAAACUUCAGACCAGGCACAGAAAACACACCAAUGAUUGCCGGUCUGGGAAAGGCCGCAGAGCUGGUAACGUCUAAUCUGUCAGAAUACGAGAGUCAGAUGCAAAGUACCAAACUUUACUUGGAAGAACGACUGCAGGCUGUCUUCAAAGACAAGCUCCACUUCAACAGCCACUACCCCGGCUCUGAUAUCCUCCCUAACACAUGUAAUGUGUCCAUCCUGGGUCCAACAUUACAAGGCUGGAGGGUAUUGUCCAACUGUAAGAGGCUUUUGGCUAGUGUUGGUGCUGCCUGCCACUCAGACAGUGGAAACAGGCCUUCACAUAUCCUUCUGAACUGCGGCGUCCCGUCAGAGGUGGCUGCUAACGCUUUGAGGUUGAGUGUGGGCAGGGGGACGACCAAAGCAGAUGUGGAUGCUGUUGUGGUGGACUUGAGGGACACUGUGAAACUGCUGGAAGAAAUGAACUGAUGGACUUCAGAUGCAUAACUUAAAGUAAAUUUCUAGGUCAAAUAAGGACAAACAGGGUUAGAAAUGCAUUACCUUGUGUUUUUGGUUUUUUUUUAACAUUAAGGGAUCAGUUUGCAAUUUGUGGGGUUGUGUGAGGUACUUCUUCAUAGUCAGUGCAUUACUUAUUAGCAAAUAAAUGAUGCACUGCAUACAUGUGUUUUAUCCAAAUCACCUAAAAGAAGUAUACACUAUGUUUAUAAUAUUUUUACUGCUUUACUUUCCAUUAUAAUAUUUUCUUCAAAGCUUAAAAUCUAUCAGACACUUUGACAAAUACCACAAUUAUAAAGUACAUCAGUUGUGACUGUCAGUGGGUUUUUAAGGCCAGUAUAAUAAUAGUAGUUUGGACAAUGAAGUGGGUAGGUGAUUAAAUGACUGAUGUUAAUCACAAUAUUUAGAAAAUGAACAAUCUUUAUUAGAAAGUGGCAAAUUGUUAAAAGGAAUAUCUAUGUCAAAAAUACCUAAAUCAAUCAAUCAAUCAGUAAAUUGACACCAGUUUAAAGAUUCAGGGUGUAAUACUUAGUGUUUUCUAGUGUUUACCUGUGAUGAACUGAAUACAUUUUGCCUACAAUGGCCACUAAAAUGUAAUAUUUUUGUUUGGUUUUGUCUUCUUAGGACCUUUUAAGUGCAUAAUAGCACCACACUUUGAUGGACUUGGUAAAGUUACUAGUUCUAGUUGAGAAACUUGAUAUUAUAAUGGCAGGAACAGAGCUUGUCUACAUUUUGUCUAGUGAAAGGUGGCUCUUCCUUUUGUUGUGUAAGAGUAUUUGCCCACUUGGAAUGGUGAUGGGAUACAAUGGUGUCCUCAGGAUCCAAAUACCACAGGUACAUACAGUCAUUUAAAUGUCCCUUUGGUGCCGUUUAUUUUGUCAACCUCCUCCUUGAAGCACUCCUCAAAGACACCAGACUUGCUUAACAAAAAAACUGCCUAGACUAAUUUGUUUUUUAGUCAGACAGUAA